UUUGUGUCGAAGACUCGUACACAAAGUCUAUGCUAUUAAGCGAGACAUGUUUAUUCCGGAUUCGCAUUGAAGUAAAAUGGAUAACACGAGUGCAAAAAAUCAGAUGUUGGAUACGUCUGCAGAAACACAAUGGUACAACUCUGUACUAUACCGAGGUGUCAAUGGGUAUGAGAUCACCCUCACUUAUCUCUUAAUGAACCUCAUUGUGGCAGCGUUAGGGUUGGUGAUUUUGUUCCUUAACUCGUAUGCAGCUUACAUACUCUCGUGUAAAUCCCAUAAUUGGGAUGUUACCUAUGUGUUCAUAAAGAAUCUUGCUAUUUCUGACGCAUUUUGUGGUUUGUUUACAAUUUACAAUAUUUUCUAUAACUUGAUCCAUUACAAAAUAUUUAUGAAUGCCUUUUCCGAUUUGGAAUGUUGAACUGCAUUCUUUUCAACUCUUCGUUCAAUUUGUUUGCGUUGACAUUUGACAGAUACGUGAAGAUUACUGCGCCUUAUAUUUACUGGAGAAUAUUCGAGGAAGAGAGAGCUAAAAUGUUCACCAUUGUGGUAUGGUGCUUCACGAUCAUUUUGGCACUGGUGCCUCUAGCGGGAUGGCACACCAAGCAGAAGAGUAAUUACUGUGGGUAUUUUGGUGUGUUUAGUAGAGCAUAUCUGAUCGUACUUCUGUCCUUGGUUCUGAUAGGAUUCCUCUUACUUUGUGUUAUGUACAUACAUAUACUUAUCAUUGCCUCGGCCAAGAGUUCCCAGACGCAGAUUUUCAGAGAGCGGAUGAUACAGAUCCAAGGAGCAGGUGUAUGCAGACCACGGAACCCCGUCAAGGCGUUAUGGUGGAAACCGACAAAAAUCAUCCUCAUUAUCAUCGGCAUAAACGUCCUCUGUUAUACACCAGUCGGUAUCUACGUGCCUUGUGUUUUGUUCGGUGUCCUGGACGACUUAGAUGUGGGUACUCAAGGGACGCUACUCCUUUAUAUUUCUUGUCCUCUUUACCUCAACAGUUUUGCAAAUCCCAUCAUCUAUGCCUACAAGAUUCCUAUGGUUCGCAAGGCCUUCCGACGACUGAUGGAUUGUUCUAGAAACGAUAACUAUUGAAAAUAUAUCCUUGUUGUGUAGAUUGUGUAAACCCAACACAAUGUGAUCAGUGUUGAUAAGAUAUCAAACACUUUCAUUUCAAACGCCUUUUGACUUAUUCUAGAUAAGAUUUGAUUCUUAAACACCUGUAUAAUAAUUCUACUUUACAUAUUAUGUAAUGACCACAUUACGCACACUCAGACAGGAACUCAUGUUGAACUGUUUGUUUCCAUACAUAUUUGGCAGAAGUAAAUUUGCAUCAAAGAAUGAUGCAUAUGACAAGCUAAGUUGUCAUCUAUUCAUGGAGCAAUAUUGAUCCAGUGUAUAGCUAAGUUAUAUAAUAUAUCUUAUUUAUUACAUAAAAUAUCUUAUUAGAUGUCUUCAAAACUAUUUAAGAUAUUUCAUACAGUAUAUGAGAUAUCUAUAUGAUUAUAUGAAGAUAUCUUAUAUAACUUGGUUAAUAACUGAAUCAACAUUGCUCCAUGAAUAAAUGAUAACUUGGCUCGCUAUAGAUGUCGGAUCUUGGAAACAUGGUGCACGCUCAGAUAACGCCAUCAAAGUUAUACACUGCUUAAAUGACAUCCUGUAACAUCCGGCCGUAUUCAACACAACGGCUACAGACUUCACUGUCAUAACCGACACUGACUUAACCGACACACUGCCAUAACCGACAAUGAAUAAACCGACACACUGUCAUUAACGAUACGGAAUCAUCCGACACACUGUCUUUACUGACACUGAACUAACCGACACAAUGUCAUAACCGACACUGAAUUAACCGACACAUUGUCUUUAAUGACACUGAAUUAACCGACACAAUGUCAUAACCGACACUGAAUUAACCGACACAUUGUCUUUACUGACACUGAAUUAACCGACACACUGUCAUAACCGACACUGAAUUAAACGACACACUGUCAUUACCGACACUGAAUUAAACGACACAAUGUCAUUACUGACACUGAAUUAACCGACACACUGAUAUUAUCGAUACUGAAUUAACCGACACACUGACUUUAUACCGACACUGAAUUAACCGAAACACUGAAUAAACCGACACACUGACUUUACCGACACUGAAUAAACCGACACAUUAUCUUUAAUGACACUGAAUUAACCGACACAAUGUCAUAACCGACACUAAAUUAACCGACACAUUGUCACAACCGACACUGAAUUAACCGACCCAAUGUCAUUACCGACACUGAAUUAACCGACACAAUGUCAUUACCGACACUGAAUUAACCAACACACUGUUAUUACCGACACUGAAUUUACCGACACACUGACUUUACCGACACUGAAUUAACAGACACACUGUCAUUACCGACACUAAAUUAACCGAUACAAUGUCAUUACCGACACUGAAUUAACCGACACACUGUCAUUACCGACACUGAAUUAACCGACACACUGUCAUUACCGAUCCUGAAUUAACCGACACACUGUCAUUACCGAUCCUGAAUUAACCGACACAAUGUCAUUACCGAUCCUGAAUUAACCGAAACACUGUCAUUACCGACACUGAAUUAACCGACACACUGACAUUACCGACACUGAAUUAACCGACACACUGUCAUUACCGACACUGAAUUAACCGACACACUGUCAUUACCGACACUGAAUUAACCGACACACUGACAUUACCGACACUGAAUUAACCGACACACUGACAUUACCGACACUGAAUUAACAGACACACUGUCAUUACCGAUCCUGAAUUAACCGACACACUGUCAUUACCGAUCCUGAAUUAACCGACACACUGUCAUUACCGACACUGAAUUAACCGACACACUGACAUUACCGACACUGAAUUAACCGACACACUGUCAUUACCGAUCCUGAAUUAACCGACACACUGACAUUACCGACACUGAAUUAACCGAUACACUGUUAUUACCGACACAUAAUUAACCGACACACUGUCAUUACCGAUCCUGAAUUAACCGACACACUGUCAUUACCGAUCCUGAAUUAACAGACACACUGUUAUUACCGACACAUAAUUAACCGACACACUGACAUUAACGACACUGAAUUAACCGACACACUGUCAUUACCGAUCCUGAAUUAACCGACACACUGACAUUACCGACACUGAAUUAACCGGCACACUGUUAUUACCGACACAUAAUUAACCGACACACUGACAUUACCGACACUGAAUUAACCGACACACUGUCAUUACCGAUCCUGAAUUAACCGACACACUGACAUUACCGAUCCUGAAUUAACCGACACACUGACAUUACCGAUACUGAAUUAACCGACACACUGACAUUACCGACACUGAAUUAACCGGCACACUGAUAUUAUCGAUACUGAAUUAACAGACACACUGUCAUUACCGACACUGAAUUAACCGACACACUGUCAUUACCGACACUGAAUUAACAGACACACUGUCAUUAUCGAUACUGAAUUAACCGACACACUGUCAUUACCGACACUGAAUUAACCGACACACUGACAUUACCGACACUCAAUAAACCGACACACUGAUAUUAUCGAUACUGAAUUAACAGACACACUGACAUUACCGACACUGAAUUAACAGACACACUGUAAUUACAACCACUGAAUUAACCGACACAUUGUCUUUACUGACACUGAAUUAACCGACACAGUCAUUACCGAUACUGAAUUAACCGACACACUGUCAUGAUCUACUCUGAAUUAACCGACACACUGUUAUUACCGACACUGAAUUAACCGAUACACUGUCAUUACCGACACUGAAUUAACCGACACACUGUCAUAAUCGACUCUGAAUUAACCGACACAGUGUCAUUACCGACACUGAAUUAACCGACACACUGACUUUACCGACACUGAAUAAACCGACACACUGAUAUUAUCGAUACUGAAUUAACCGACACACUGACAUUACCGACACUCAAUAAACCGACACACUGUUAUUACCGACACACUGACAUUACCGACACUCAAUAAACCGACACACUGUAAUUGCCGACACUGAAUUAACCGAUACACUGUUAUUACCGAUACUGAAUUAACAGACACACUGUCAUUACCGACACUGAAUUAACCGACACAUUGUCAUAACCGACACUGAAUUAACCGACACACUGUCAUAAUCUACUCUGAAUUAACCGACACACUGUUAUUACCGACACUGAAUUAACCGACACAUUGUCAUAACCGACACUGAAUUAAGCGACACACUGACUUUACCGACACUGAAUUAACCGACACACUGAUAUUAUCGAUACUGAAUUAACCGACACACUGUCAUAACUGACACUGAAUUAACCGAAACACUGACUUAACCGACACUGAAUAAACUGACACACUGUCAUUGCUGUUACAUUGACUCCGGCCCAUGUAGUGUCUGUAAAGUCAGUUUUCACUCUAGAUAUAACUGGGCCCAGGUCUUACUCUCCUUAAAAUAUUAAAGGGUCUCUACGCAUUUCAUAGCUUGCCUUCCUCGUUUCCUCAACAGACGGGCAUUAUAAAUUUGGAGAGGUAGCCUAUCAACACGGUAACUCGAAUUGAAAAGUGUUACAAAAUAAGAACAAAUGAGGCCUUGAACUGGUGUCGUUGAACUUUAUCAUUGUGAUGUUUAACUUGUGAACUUAAACUUGAAUUGGUGUCCUAGAACUUGAUCUUUGUAAUGUGAGGGCUGACCAAAUAUUGUCGGUAGCCCGACGUAAGAACAUAGCCUGUACAAAAAAUACGCCACAAAUAAGAUUAUCAGCUAAUAAAAGAUUAUUUUACUUU